UGGCGUCAGUAAGAGGCAGCAGCAGGGACGGCGGCUGCGGCAGCUCUCAGGCCAGCGCCAGCCAAGCUCACCGGCCAGUCGGAAGGUCCAGGCUCCCGCCCCUGCCACCACCAUGGACGUCUUCAAGAAGGGCUUCUCCAUCGCCAAGGAGGGUGUGGUGGGAGCCGUGGAGAAGACGAAGCAAGGGGUGACUGAAGCGGCCGAGAAGACCAAGGAGGGCGUCCUGUAUGUGGGAGCCAAGACCAAGGAAGGUGUUGUGCAGAGUGUGACUUCAGUGGCAGAAAAGACCAAGGAGCAGGCCAACGCCGUGAGUGAGGCCGUGGUCACCAGCGUCAACACCGUGGCCAACAAGACGGUGGAGGAGGCGGAGAACAUCGUGGUCACUGCUGGGGUGGUGCAGAAGGAGGACCUGGAACAGGCUGCCCCGGCGGCUCAGGAGGAAAAGGAAGUCGAUGUGGAAGAGGAAGCGGUUGAAGAGGCCAAGAGUGGGGGAGACUAGAAGACGCCUGUCAGCUGUGGAGGCGCCAAGGAACACCCCUGUGCCGCACCUCAUCCUCUCCUGGCCCUGGAGUCAUCCUGCGCCUCCUACCCCCCUCCCUCACCACGGGUCUCCCCCCUCCCCUGCCACGGGUCUCCCC